CAUUAAUACAGUGUCGUCCGAAUCUGCUGCUUGAUGUGGUGGUUCUACCGCAAGGGUCCCUCGGGCUUCUCCGGCACCUCCACGGCCGAGGAGGUCACCGCCGGCGUCGACGGCCGGAGCCUGGUCGCCGUCAUCACAGCAAUGACUUGUGCUGAGCACUUGAGCUGAGCCUUCUGCCUGAGCAGGUGCGUCGAGUGGAAUCGGGCUAGAGACGGCGCGCGUCCUGACGCUGCGUGGUGUGCACGUCGUCAUGCCCGUCCGCAACGUCGCUGCCGGGCUCGCAGUCAAGGAGUCCAUCGUGGCCAACAUCCCCGGCGCAAGAAUUGACGUGCUGGAGCUGGACCUCAGCUCCAUGGCAUCGGUAAGGAGAUUCGCCUCCGAGUUCGAGUCUCUGAACCUGCCCCUGAACAUUCUCAUCAACAACGCUGGAGUGCUGACAAGGAACUGCUCGUGUUCCUGCGACGGCCUGGAACUGCAUUUCGCAACAAAUCACAUUGGUCACUUUCUUCUAACGAACCUCCUACUGGAGAACAUGAAGAGCACAUGUAGGGACAGCGGCACCGAGGGACGGAUUGUUAAUGUGACGUCAGCAGGGCAUGCCAUGACUUAUCCUGAAGGCAUAUGCUUCGACAAAAUUCGUGAUCCUUCCGGUUUGAAUGACUUUAUUGCUUACGGCCAAUCCAAGCUUGCCAAUAUUCUUCACUCCAAUGAAUUGUCACGAAUUUUCAAGGAGGAAGGAGUGAAUAUUUCAGCCAAUGCCGUUCAUCCUGGUGUCAUCGCGACUAACCUUUUUAGGGGCAGGACUAUUGUCGCUGCGUUUUUGAACUCCAUUGGAAGAAUCAUGUGUAGAAGUGUUGAACAGGGUGCCGCAACGACAUGCUAUGUGGCGAUGCAUCCUCAAGUGAAGGGGAUAAGUGGAAAAUACUUCGCCGAUUGUAACAUAUCCAGCCCGAGCGUGCAAGCUUCAGAUGCUGAGUUGGCCAAGAAGCUAUGGCAGUUCAGCUUGCAGACAGUGUCUGCUUGAUCAAGCUAAGUGCUUGCCUGAACGAGUGAGGCACAUAUUGUUGUACUUAAUGCUUACAUAUAUAGCUCUUCAUGAUGUUUGUUAUCGGUGUAUUUACUGCUAUGAAUCAAAAUGUCUAAAUUUUGAUUCAAAAUAAUUUGAAAUGCAAACCACCAUACUAUCUUAUAAUUCAGGACAUUUGAAGGACUGGAAUGAACAGUUAUUGUGGCUAAACAUCAUGCCUUUUUGUGAAAAA